GGGACAAACAAUUCUGCUGUUAAGCACGUUCUUUAGUUCCGAUUUGACUUCUUGUGCAAACGGACGUUUCAUUUUGGCGGGAAAUCCUUCCCAAAAUCGCGGAUUGUGCCAUAGGUUAAACUGGAAAGUGUCUGUGGGAAGAGGAAGUGGCUAGAAGUGUAAAUUCUGUGGAUUUUUUUCUCCUGAUUCACACUGAGAGAGACAAUUCUUUCAAAUAAGCGGAAAAUUCAAUUGGAUUACAUCUUCUUCAUCGGCAAAUUUCCACCACAUGAGACUCACAGAGAAAAUAGGAUUUUAGUGAUAUAGUCAGAUACUCUCCUGCAGGCAAGUGCGAAGAUUCCGGUGAAUCAGGCAGACAGGGGAAAGUUGGUGGGAUCGCUUGGCAUGGUGUGUAAGUCAUGUCCGAUGUCGAGCAUCCGCCAGUGUCCGAUGAACCAGACGAUUUGGAUGAUGCCCAACCAGAAGCAGCAGGAAGGUGUGCUGGUCUUGCAUUCAGGGUGCUCUUCUCGGCACCCGGAUUGGUCCUCCUUGUGGCUGGAUACUCGGUGAUGGGGGCAUUUAUAUUCCCACUACUGGAAGCACCUACCGCCCAGAAUCCUGUCAUUGCCUCCAUCAGCAAGAGCCGCGAGGAUUGUCUCAGAGAACUUUGGACAAUUACAGAGCGACUCAAUGUGCUGUACGAACGCAACUGGACCCUCCUGGUCCAUGAACAAUUGCGUCGCUUCGAGGGAUCCAUCGUGGCAGCCACAAAAGGGGGCCUGGUGGAAACUCUUGGGAGUGAUCAUCGCCUUGGUGCACCCAGAUGGUCCUUCACAGAGGCCCUCAUCUAUUCUGUCACGGUUAUCACGACCAUUGGUAAUGGCAAUUUGACUCCUCGGACCUCUGAGGGGAAGAUCGUGACGAUGGUUUAUGCUCUUGUGGGAGUGCCCCUAAUGCUGCUGUGCCUGUCUAGUCUGGGAGGACGCCUAGCUGAGGCCCUGCAGUGUGCCUACAUGAAAUUAUGCCCUAUGCGUGACACAGAAUCGCGACACAAGUGCAAAGAAAAGAACACAACAGGAGAUCAUCCAAUGGACCAGGUGGAUUCUAAUUCACAUCGCUACGAUGCUCUUCAGAGACACAAGGAUCAUUCAAAGUACGAAGAAUCUUGCCAUCUUAUACGGAAUUCACCGAGUAAGACAGUCAAUAAUUCACCACAUUCAUCGCCAAUGAAGAGCUUCCAAGCACCCCAGCAGAUGACACAGUAUCAUCCACCAACAAGUGGGACAAUCGGUGGGAAUUCCGUGGUUUUCUUCCCGACAAACACCCUCCAGUGUCAGUCGCACUUUGGUGGAAAUCCCCAGAUUCCGGUUAAAUAUCACGGAAUGAUGCAGAUUCAUCAAACCACACAAUUUGGAGCACCAAAUUCCUCCCCAACCCUUCACACGGCAACAGUUCAUGGACUCGGAAGGAGUAAGUUUGUGCCGAAACCACUGCCACAGGAGAUAAAUAUGUUGCUGGCGGAAUGCGACAUUAACUAUCCGCAGUCCGGAGCUGAUGUUUCUCCACAGAAAUACCCCAAUGGGCGGAUGGAGUCUGUGGAUGAGGAUGAUGAUGAGGAGACUAAGAGUGGAUGUGCCCAUGACACUCCGUCUAGAAUGCCCCUCAUUAGUGGCUCGAGGGUGGCUGGAAGUCGCUUGGCUGGGGAUGUUAGUGCCCUUGGAACACCCCAAACUCCCAUGGAUGAGGCCGAUGAGGUGCCACCGUCACCACAAGUGCCCCUCCUGCUAAUCCUCGUGAUCCUGGCGAGCUAUAUUGCCCUAGGUACAGUCAUCUUCUCCCUGUGGGAGAAUUGGAGUUUAGUGGACGGAGCGUACUUCUGCUUCGUGACUUUGUCCACCAUUGGAUUUGGGGACCUCGUGCCACGUCACACUCUGCACGGACCCGACCUGCAGUUGGUGGCGUGCUGCGCCUAUUUAUUGCUGGGUCUCGUGCUCGUGGCCAUGUGCUUCAGUCUCGUGGAGAGUCAACUAAUGUGGCGAUGCAGACGUGUUGCCGUGCGCCUGAAGCUCACGCACGAAUAAUUCUCGUGAGGAUGUCUUUGUACCCGAAUGUCCGCCUUUUUAUAUGCGUAUCAGACUGCUCAAUCUCCUGUGAAUCGUGAAAAUGCUUAAGUGGAAAUUAAAGUGGACAUGAGUCAUAUCAAAUCU